AUGGAAAAUUCUGCAAACAAAACAAAAAUAUCAUCACUGCAAAAGAUUAAUAAAUUAACUGGAGUAAAUUGUUCCAUUGGUGCAACAGCAUUGAACGGAUAUAAACAGUUUUUGUUGCUUUGUAGUCUUAAUACUCGUUCAGUAUGUAACAAGACUGAUCAUAUUUUGGACUAUGUGUGUGACUGUAAAGCUGACUUGUUGGCUUUCAGGCAGACUUGGUUGACCAGAGAAGAUUCAGCUGUAAGGGUAAAUCUUUGUCCAGGUGGUUAUAAGUUUAUACACCAAUGUCGGGCUGGGCGGUGUGGAGGUGGCACUGGUCUGAUGUUUUGUGAUUUACUGAAUGUUAAGAAAGUGGACAGAGGUGAACAUGAUUCUUAUGAAUUCUUGGAAUGGCUGGUCAGCAAGAGCUCAUCAAACAAACUCCGGGUAGAUAUUAUUUAUCGCCCACCAUAUACUGAGGAACAUCCUAUGACUGUUACAAAUUUCUGCAAUGAGUUUGCAAGAUACAUGGAAUCCCUACUGUUAUCAAAGGAACAGCUUGUUAUGUUGUCAUGUGGAUGA